UCACCAUUGCUAUGAUACUCGCCUGUCAGCCACAUUCAGAGCAGCAGCUAUCCAGUAAGGACGAACACAUCUUCAACUCUUGCCUCUUUGGGCGGCCGUUGGAUCGCAGUCCCGGGCCGAUUCUGUGUGUAAGAGCCCACUUAGUGUGGAGUCCGGCCCCCGGCUGCCGGACUGGCCCCACUUUUCCAGCUACCUUACCAAAGCUUUUGUGUGGCGACAGCACAACAAGGACCCUGCAUCUCCAAGACGAUUGGGAUGUCAUCGAGCCUCAAACCAUUUGUUCGCUUUGAUAAGAUAAGCCCAAGGCUCCAUUUGACCUUCGACCAUCCCUCAUCCCUGCCCACCUGUCGUACACCUCCCGGUUUCCAACCUUUUGUAUUCAACCCAACCCACCCCUCGAUCGAACACGUUCGCACGCUUGCAAUUACAUCUCGAAUGCUGCUCGCUGCUCGCCAGCGUCACGGCUGAUUGAGACAGCGCGCCGCUCUCGCUGGAAUGAGAAGACUAGUUCCCCGAUUGCUCAAAGCCCCGACAACACACGCGCGAUUGAGGGCGGCGGUUCCGGCGGCCCUGGUCCUGCGAUCACCAUGGCCCCCUCGUCCGAAGUUUCCGACAUUGCUACAUGAGACGCUGCCAACGCCGAGUCAGCGGGCGACAUUCCGGACUGCGGCUCCGUUGCUGUAUUCGACGGACAAUAAUGACACAAUUGCUGGCGAGACUGUUGCGACGACGACCGAAUCUACCUCCUCCGCAUCUUCCUCCGAAGAACCACCACCUCCGCUGCCGCUGGAUGAUGACGGCAGACUGGACCCGUCGGUUUUCCCGAAACUGCCGUUUUGUUUCGACACGGGGAUUGGGCUCUUCGCCAAAAGAACACCAAGGCCGUUCCCGCCGCCGUUCUUGUCGCCUCCCUCGGGGUCGUUUAGUGAUCCCCUUAGCACGCAUGAUCGAAGUCGGGAUAGGAGGAAAGUGUAUGUGAAUGGGCAUUUGAUUCAGGGGUAUACCAAUGGGGAUGAUGCUGUUUUUGCGAGCAAGUACUUUAUUUGCGCGAAUGAUGGGGUGGGCGCUUGGAGUAUGAGGCCGAGGGGGCAUGCUGGGUUAGAUUUUUAUUUUUUUCUCUUUUUUUCUCACCCACAUGCUUUCUUCUUGGAGUCCAAUCUGACAGACAAACAUAUCCAGUCUCUGGGCCCGGUUAAUCUUACAUUUCUGGGCGACGAAUAUAUUCCAAGACGCGGCAAGUCAUAGCCAGAGAGACUACCACCCCGAUCCUGUAUCCUACCUCCAGCACGCGUACGAGCAAACGGUUGAGGCGACUUCGGAACCGAACGACUGGCAGGGAACGACCACGGUGGCUGGCGCACUGCUUCAUUUUCGGAAAAAUUCCGAAACGGGCGACCCUGAACCACUGGUGUAUGUCACCAACAUAGGAGACUCGCAAGUGAUGGUUGUGCGCCCGUCAACGAGGGAAAUGGUGUUUAAAUCUAAGGAACAGUGGCACUGGUUUGAUUGCCCUAGGCAGCUUGGUACGAACAGUCCGGACACGCCGGUGAAUUGUGCCGUGGUGGACGAGGUACCGAUACGGGAAGGGGAUGUGGUGCUCGCAAUGUCGGACGGAGUGAUUGAUAAUCUGUGGGCGCAUGAGAUUGUGGAAAAGGUUAGCGAGAGCGUGGAACGGUGGGAGAGGGGGGAGGGGAGGGAGGAAGGGAUUGUGGAGGGGGAGGAUGGGAGGGAUAUGAUGGGGUUUGUGGCGGAGGAGCUGAAGGAGGCGGCGAAGGUGAUUGCUCUUGAUCCUUUUGCGGAGAGUCCGUUUAUGGAGCAUGCCAUCGAGGAGGGUUUGGCUAGUGGGGGUGGAAAGCUUGAUGAUAUCAGUGUUGUUGCGGCGAUGUGCAGGAAGAACAAGGGGUGA